AUGGAUGAGAUGGGUCCCAGCGUUUUGUCCCGGGAUCUCGAGGCGUGCCGGAUGUCCAACGAGGCACCCGCGGAUGAUGAGGUCGCCGCCAGGGGAUCGAUUGAUGCUCGAUCUUCGAAGCCCCUGGUAAAGGAGGACGAGGUCGAUCGUGACAAGCGGCGAGAGUCCCCGGAAAAGCAGAAGUCCGCAAUGGACUUAAAAAAGAAGAAGGAGAAGAAGAAGAAUCUCGAGCGCCAAGCGCUGGAGACACGCGGAGCGAAGUCCAGACAGAGGGGGGAGCCUGAGGAGGAGUCCCCCGAUGAGGACGAUGGCGGCAAUGAUGACGACGACAGCGACGACUCCGAGGGGAUGGCGUCCCAUCUCGACAGGAUCCUCGUGGGUCCGCCUCGGACCGACGUCGAGGCCCCGCGAACGGGAGCCCCAAAGGGGGGGCCAAGCGGGUCUCUCGAGCGGCAACAGAGGGAGUCAUCCCCAUGCCGCUCCCAUGCUGAUACCCCUCCCGCGCCUAUGCAAGGUCGGACCAUCCCGCGCCCCCAACCUCCCCCUGCGUCAAACGCGGGCGACCGGGCGAAGUCCCUGGCGACGGGGCCGCUGACCCACGGCCGCGCCGCGGCUUCCAGCAAGGGGGAAGCAAGCCGUAGGAGCGCUAGCCCUGGCGCUCGCCAGGCGGGAGAUGCCGAGCCAAGGCCUGUGCCCGUUCGUGAGGAGCCUGGAGCCUUGACGCAGGGCAGUGUUGACGGUCCUUAA